AUGGUUUCCAAAACACUCACAGCCACUCCUUCAACCUCCUUCCCUGACCUCCUCGAUGUAAUCAUCAUCGGUGCCGGCCCAUGCGGACUCGCCGUCGCUGCCAGACUGAAAGAGGAAACACCUUCCGCCAUGUUCACAGACGACGAACAUCAACGCUAUCACUGGAUCAACAAACAUAGCGGCCAAAUGGCCCUCGUACAAGCCCGCCAUGGCAAACAAAAAAAGGUUAAGGCAGAGAAGUGGCACGGAUAUACCUCUCGUCAGUCCUUCUUGUUUACACAAUCGCAGACUAUGGCCGGAUCUCCACCAUCGCUGUCCUCGUCCGUCUCGACUGCUUCAGAGACGGAAACCGGGAUAGUAAAGGACGCCUCUCCCUCCAUCCUUGUCUUAGAUAGCACAGGAAAUAAAUGGAUGGAGCGGUGGAAUCGGGCAUUCAAGACGUUGGAGAUCCAGCAGCUUCGCAGUCCCAUGUUCUUUCAUGUCGAUCCGAGUGAUCGUGAUGGGAUGUUGGCGUAUACGCAGGAGACAGGGAGGGACUGUGAUCUUUGGGAGAUCCCUGGGUGUGUAGGCAAGGAGUUGAGCAAGCAUAAGAAGAAGAAAUUGCGGUCAAAGCCUGUGGCUAUGGGACAAAAUGAAAUCGAUGAACGGGAUCGUAAGGAUUAUUUUUCACCUUCUACGGGGCUUUUUGAGGACUAUUGCUCGAGCAUCGUAGCGCGGUAUGGCCUUAAUACGCCCGGUAUGAUCCAGCAAUGUGAGAUCAAUGAUAUCCAAUAUGGCUAUCACCCGGAGCUGUCGCCUUCCGAGAAGAUAUUUACUGUCACUGCAAGUGAUGGAGCUUUGUUUUAUAGUCGGGCGGUUGUGAUGGCCAUUGGGCCGGGGAGGACGAAGGUCUUUCCAUUUAAGUUAAAUGGUGAAGAGAAGAAUGGUGCUUGUCACAGCACAGAGAUCCGAUCAUUCCCCAGUCCUAAUUUGAGAAGGAAGAUCCAGCAACGUCAGGAGACAAACUUGGUGGUUGUUGGGGGAGGACUCUCCUCAGCACAGAUUGUGGAUAUGGCUAUUCGGAAAGGAGUGAGCAAAGUGUGGUUCCUGCUGAGGUCCGAUUUCAAGGUCAAACACUUCGAUAUCGACCUGACGUGGAUGGGCAAAUUCAAGAAUUUUGAAAAGGCAGCCUUCUGGUCCGCAGACACCGACGAAGAGCGGCUCGAGAUGAUCAAAACAGCCCGGAAUGGAGGCAGCAUUACACCGCGGUAUCAGAAAAUCCUGAAGCAGCACGCAGCCCGCCACCGGGUCUCGAUCCACCCGCGCACAGUCAUCUGUGGCCGUGAGUACAGCCCCAUGUCUCAGACGUGGCAUCUCACCACCGAUCCUCCUAUUCCUGACCUCCCUCGCAUCGACUACAUCUAUUUUGCAACAGGCAUGCAGGCGGAUGUGGGCGAACUUCCACUGCUUCAGCGGAUGAACCGCGAGUAUCCGAUUGAGACCAAGCAGGGUCUUCCAUGCAUUACAGAUGAUCUCAUGUGGAAGGCUAAUAUACCUUUGUUCGUAACCGGACGCCUGGCUGCCCUCCGUCUAGGCCCGGGAGCUCCUAAUCUUGAAGGUGCGAGACUCGGGGCAGAAAGGAUUGCGUGGGGAAUGGAGGAGGUGCUGAGGCGGAGGGAGAGUGAGGAUACACCUGCUAAACGAUCAAAAGAGUGUUUCUGUGGCUUGGGAAAUCGAUAUGCUGGGCUAGCUGAUGUAGAUUGGUAA